CCUCCUACAGGAAGCGCUGAUGUUGAAUGCCAAGUUCUCGAAUCCGCUAAAUCUGGAGAUAUAGAUCAAGUUCAAAGACUGCUCGGAUCCUAUCCUCAUAUAGUGAAUUGUCGUGAUUUGGAUGGGAGACACUCAACUCCGCUACAUUUUGCCUCUGGUUAUAACAGAGUAGCUGUAGUAGAAUUCUUGUUGCAGCAAGGAGCUGAUGUUCAUGCCAAAGAUAAAGGUGGUUUAGUUCCUUUACACAAUGCUUGUUCCUAUGGUCAUUAUGAAGUGACUGAAUUGCUGGUCAAACACGGAGCCAGCGUAAAUGUUGCUGAUUUGUGGAAAUUUACACCACUUCAUGAAGCAGCGGCCAAAGGAAAAUACGAAAUUCAUGGAGCGGAUCCUAGUAAGAAAAAUCGUGAUGGAGCCACUCCGUUAGAUUUAGUGCGAGAGAACGAUCAAGAUGUCGCAGAUUUGUUAAAAGGCAAUUCAGCGUUACUAGAUGCAGCGAAAAAAGGUAACUUAGCGAGAGUUCAAAGACUGGUAACAUCAGAUAAUAUCAACUGUAGAGACGCACAGGGUAGAAAUUCUACUCCACUACAUUUGGCAGCUGGUUACAACAAUGUAGAAGUUGCAGAAUUUUUGCUAGAAAAUGGAGCAGAUGUUAACGCUCAGGAUAAAGGCGGUCUCAUUCCCUUACACAACGCUUCCAGUUAUGGUCAUUUGGAUAUUGCGGCGUUACUAAUAAAGUACAACACUGUCGUAAAUGCUACUGAUAAAUGGGGAUUCACACCACUACACGAAGCUGCACAAAAAGGACGAACACAACUUUGCGCUUUACUGUUGGCCCAUGGAGCAGAUCCUUUUCUGAAAAAUCAAGAAGGCCAAGCUCCUGUCGACUUGGCGUCUGCUGAUGAUGUACGCUGUCUUCUUCAAGAUGCAAUGGCAUCACAACAAGGUGUACUCACGGCAUCCGCUCCACCGUCCAGACCUCCAUCCAUCGCCAUGUCGCACACGCCUUCUCCGCCUCUACCAUCCACUAAUGUAGAAACUGUUAUUAUGCCUUCUGGCGCAGCUGUUCAACUUCUCGUGCCCGUUGGAAGUAGAGCAAGUGUUUCUAUGGCUUCAGUUGAAGGAUCUAGUUCUUCUGGAAAACUCGAAGGCGCUGAAGGAGAUGACGGAGCCAUAUGUUCGGUUGCUAAUUUCUUGGCUAGUUUAAGUUUGGAACAUUUGCUAGAUAUCUUCGAAAGAGAACAAAUUACGUUGGAUAUUUUAGCGGAAAUGUCACAUGAAGAUUUAAAACAAAUAGGAAUAUCGGCGUACGGUUUUAGGCAUAAACUUAUUAAAGGUAUGGAGCGUUUGGUGGCUAGUUGUGGGGGUCUUUGGACAACUCCUUCCAAUCCUGGAACACUUUUAGUUGAUCUCUUAUCCGACGACAAAGAAUUCAUUACUGUAGAGGAAGAAAUGCAGAAUAGUAUUAGGGAACAUAGGGACAACGGCCAUGCUGGCGGCAUUUUCUCCAGAUAUAAUAUUAUUAGGAUACAAAAAGUUCAAAAUAAAAAAUUAUGGGAACGGUAUACCCAUAGAAGAAAAGAAGUUUCCGAAGAAAACAGUAAUCAGUCAUGCGAAAGAAUGCUGUUCCAUGGUUCUCCGUUUAUCAACGCCAUUGUACAAAAAGGUUUCGACGAAAGGCACGCCUACAUCGGAGGAAUGUUCGGUGCAGGAAUAUAUUUUGCAGAACAUUCGUCUAAGAGUAAUCAAUAUGUCUAUGGAAUUGGAGGAGGCACUGGAUGUCCUACGCAUAAGGAUAGAAGUUGUUACACUUGUCAUAGGCAUCUUCUAUUAUGCCGCGUAACGUUAGGAAAAUCUUUUCUUCAAUUCAGUGCUAUGAAGAUGGCUCAUGCUCCUCCUGGACAUCACUCUGUCGCAGGGCGACCAUCAGCAGGCGGAUUAAAUUUUCCAGAGUACGUUGUUUAUAGGGGAGAACAAGCGUAUCCCGAAUAUUUUAUUACCUACCAAAUCGUCAAACCAGAAGAGUGUUCGUCGAGUACUGAUACUGAAGUCAGGUGAUUUCCGGAGCAGUGGCUGAUGCUUCGACCAACCAAGACGUUUAAAGAUUAUAUCUGCGGAUUGUUGUGCCACGCUUUACGCUGUCUAGCACCAGCAAGAAAGCAGUGUAGUUGUCAGGAGAGUAAAUAACCAAGUUGGAAAGAUAAAAUUUUUAAUAGGUUACGCAGUGCUGUACUAGAUAUGUUUUUACUGUUCGCGCAAUGCCUUAGACAUGAUUUUUGCCAAAGGGUAGUUGUUGAGGAUGUUUAAAAUUGUUUGAUGCAGCAUUAAAAGUUAAAACAUUUGGUUGGAUGGCAAUAUUUGUAUUACCUUUAAACGAAAACAACUUUUUGUAACGUUGCUACCAAUUAUUGUACACUGUCAGUAUAUUAUAGCUUCUGUACUAAUAGGUAAAAGACAUAAUAAAUAAGACUUACUCACAAUCAGUUUAAUUUAACUAUCUAGACGACCGGUUUCGCUUUCUACAAUAUGCAAAGCAUCUUCAGGUCCUUCGAUACAAAUAAUAGAGUACCGACAUCGUUUACUUAAUU